AUCCAUCCUCACUGGACCGACUGUGGAGAGAGUGCAGUUUAGAGUAGGCGUGCGUCAGUGUUGACGACCGCACUCCAGCGGACCAAGCAAGCCAGCUAUCAUUGUAUUAUCUAGAAAUAAAAUGUAAACCUCGUCCUGUAAUUCUAUGUCGACCAUAAAGGCCUUCGUACAAAGAUGAAAACGUUGUCAAGAAGCGUUGACAUUACUGGUUUCUUUUUCACCGUCAAAUAUUGCCAAGUGUGAUACUGACAGCAGCAUUGCCUGGCUAGCGCAUUAGCAACAUCGUCAGGAAUUCGCUAUAGCCGAGCUAAAUUAAUUGGCCGUAGCUACUGGUAGUUGUCCAAAGGCUCCGCAACAGCCAUGGGAAUACUUUUCACCAAGCUAUGGAGGCUUUUCAAUCAUCAAGAGCACAAGGUUAUUAUUGUGGGCCUGGACAAUGCGGGGAAGACCACCAUACUUUACCAGUUUUCUAUGAAUGAGGUGGUCCACACGUCUCCUACAAUAGGCAGCAACGUGGAGGAGAUAGUGGUGAACAACACGCACUUCCUGAUGUGGGACAUCGGAGGACAGGAGUCACUGAGAUCCUCCUGGAACACGUACUACACUAACACAGAGUUUGUGAUCGUAGUGGUGGACAGCACAGACAGAGAGAGAAUCUCUGUCACCAAAGAGGAACUCUACAGAAUGCUUGCACAUGAAGACCUGAAGAAGGCAGGCCUGCUGAUUUUUGCUAACAAACAGGAUGUGAAAGGCUGUAUGUCUGUGGCUGAGAUCUCCCAGAGCCUGCAGCUCACCUCAGUCAAAGACCACCAGUGGCACAUCCAAGCCUGCUGCGCCCUCACUGGAGAGGGGUUGUGCCAGGGCCUGGAGUGGAUGAUGUCACGACUGCGGGUUAGAUGACCUUUGACGCUGAUCAACAACAACAGUGUGAUGUUCCUUUCUUCUCUCCACACCUUCAGUCCUGAGGGAUUGGGUGGUUUACAGGCGGCUCUUUUCCUCUCCAUGAGACUGACUUGACCCGGUUGGUCAGACUCCCUACCGGCCAGGAUGUUGUUUUUCUGCUGCGUGUUUAUUUAUUUCUACAGAACACUGAUCUGCUCUGACUGAGAACUGUGAACAACCAGAACUGUACCACUCUACCAUUUCAGGAUCCAUUCUGGAAAGAAAAACUAAACAAAAGACUCUGUAUUUAAUUUCUGAAUCUGCACGCUUGGUUUUCAUACUAUAAGAAAAAGGAAUGCUUGGGACAGCUCAGAUUUAACAGGAGUCGUCUUUAGUUGUGUGUGAGUGGGCUUGCCUGCCCAGAGUGGCCUUGUUGCAGUAUUGUCGGAUGGCCUGAGGUGGUGGUAUUGCCCUGUGUGUACAGUCCAGUAUUUACAUUACAUCUGCAUCCCAAAUGGGAUAUAUAUAUCAGCAAAAAAAGAAACGUUCUCACUGUCAACUGCGUUUAUUUUCAGCAAACUUAACAUGUGUAAAUAUUUGUAUGAAUAUAACAAGAUUCAACAACUGAGACAUAAACUGAACAAGUUCCACAGAUGUGACUAACAGAAAUGGAAUAAUGUGUGUCUGAACAAAGGGGGGGGGGGUCAAAAUCAAAAGUAACAGUCAGUAUCUGGUGUGGCCACCAGCUGCAUUAGGUACUGCAGUGCAUCUCAUGAACUGCACCAGAUUUGUUAGCUCUUACUGUGAGAUGUCACCCCACUCUUCCACCAAGGCACUUGCAAGUUCCCGGACAUUUCUGGGGGGAAUGGCCCUAGCCCUCACCCUCCGAUCCAACAGGUCCCAGACGUGCUCAAUGGGAUUGAGAUCCGGGCUCUUCACUGGCCAUGGCAGAACACUGACAUUCCUGUCUUGCAGGAAAUCACAUACAGAACAAGCAGUAUGGCUGGUGGAAUUGUCAUGCUGGAGAGUCAUGUCAGGAUGAGCCUGCAGGAAGGAGGAGGGUGUCUUCCCUGUAACACACAGCGUUGAGAUUACCUGCAAUGACGACAAGCUCAGUCCGAUGAUGCUGUGACACACCGCCCCAGACCAUGACGGACCCUCCACCUCCAAAUGGAUCCCGCUCCAGAGUACAGGCCUCAGUGUAAUGCUCAUUCCUUUGACGAUAAACGUGAAUCCGACCAUCACCCCAGGUGAGACAAAACCGCGACUCGUCAGUAAAGAGCACUUUUUGCCAGUCCUGUCUAGUCCAGCGAUGGUGGGUUUGUGCCCAUAGGUGACGUUGUUGCCGGUGAUGUCUGGUGAGGACCUGCCUUACAACAGGCCUACAAGCCCUCAGUCCAGCCUCUCUCAGCCUAUUGCCGACAGUCUGAGCACUGAUGAAGGGAUUGUGCGUUCCUGGUGUAACUCGAGCAGUUGUUGUUGCCAUCCUGUACCCUCCCCGCAGGUGUGAUGUUCGGAUGUACCGAUCCUGUGCAGGUGUUGUUACAUGUGGUCUGCCACUGCGAGGAUGAUCAGCUGUCUGUCCUGUCUCCCUGUAGCGCUGUCUUACGCGUCUCACAGUAUGGACAUUGCAAUUUAUUUCCCUGGCCACAUCUGCAGUCCUCAUGCCUCCUUGCAGCAUGCCUAAGGCACGUUCACACAGAUGAGCAGGGAUCCUGGGCAUCUUUCUUUUGGUGUUUUUCAGAGUCAGUAAAAAGGCCUCUUUAGUGUCCUACGUUUUCAUAACUGUGACCUUAAUUGCCUAGCAUCUGUAAGCUGUUAGUGUCUUAAUGACGGUUUCACAGGUGCAUGUUCAUUAAUUGUUUAUGGUUCAUUGAACAAGCAUGGGAAACAGUGUUUAAACCCUUUACAAUUAAGAUCUGUGAAUUUAUUUGGAUUUUACGAAUUAUCUUUGAAAGACAGGGUCCUGAAAAAGGGAUGUUUCUUUUUUUGCUGAGUGUGUGUGUGUAUAUACUGUAUAUAUAUGUAUAUACAGUGGGGCAAAAAAGUAUUUAGUCAGCCACCAAUUGUGCAAGUUCUCCCACUUAAAAAGAUGAGAGGCCUGUAAUUGUCAUCAUAGGUACACUUCAAUCAACUAUGACAGACAAAAUGAGAAGAAAAAAUCCAGAAAAUCACUGUACGAUUUUUAAUGAAUUUAUUUGCAAAUUAUGGUGGAAAAUAAGUAUUUGUCAAUAACAAAAGUUUGUCUCAAUACUUUGUUAUAUACCCUUUGUUGGCAAUGACAAAGGUCAAAUGUUUUCUGUAAGUCUUCACAAGGUUUUCACACACUGUUGCUGGUAUUUUGGCCCAUUCCUCCAUGCAGAUCUCCUCGAGAGCAGUGAUGUUUUGGGGCUGUUGCUGGGCAACACGGACUUUCAACUCCCUCCAAAGAUUUUCUAUGGGGUUUAGAUCUGGAGACUGGCUAGGCCACUCCAGGACCUUGAGAUGCUUCUUACAAAGCCACUCCUUCGUUGCUCGGGCGGUGUGUUUGGGAUCAUUGUCAUGCUGAAAGGCCCAGCCACGUUUCAUCUUCAAUGCCCUUGCUGAUGGAAGGAGGUUUUCACUCAAAAUCCCACGAUACAUGGCCCCAUUCAUUCUUUCCUUUACACGGAUCAGUCGUCCUGGUCCCUUUGCAGAAAAACAGCCCCAAAGCAUGAUGUUUUCACCCCCAUGCUUCACAGUAGGUAUGGUGUUCUUUGGAUGCAACUCAGCAUUCUUUGUCCUCCAAACACGACGAGUUGAGUUUUUACCAAAAAGUUAUAUUUUGGUUUCAUCUGACCGUAUGACAUUCUCCCAAUCUUCUUCUGGAUCAUCCAAAUGCUCUCUAGCAAACUUCAGACGGGCCUGGACAUGUACUGGCUUAAGCAGGGGGACACGUCUGGAAUUGCAGGAUUUUAGUCCCUGGCGGUGUAGUGUGUUACUGAUGGUAGGCUUUGUUACUUUGGUCCCAGCUCUCUGCAGGUCAUUCACUAGGUCCCCCUGUGUGGUUCUGGGAUUUUUGCUCACCGUUCUUGUGAUCAUUUUGACCCCAUGGGGUGAGAUCUUGCGUGGAGCCCCAGAUCGAGAGAGAUUAUCAGUGGUCUUGUAUGUCUUCCAUUUCCUAAUAAUUGCUCCCACAGUUGAUUUCUUCAAACCAAGCUGCUUAACUAUUGCAGAUUCAGUCUUCCCAGCCUGGUGCAGGUCUACAAUUUUGUUUCUGGUGUCCUUUGACAGCUCUUUGGUCUUGGCCAUAGUGGAGUUUGGAGUGUGACUGUUUGAGGUUGUGGACAGGUGUCUUUUAUACUGAUAAGUUCAAACAGGUGCCAUUAACACAGGUAGCGAGUGGAGGACAGAGGAGCCUCUUAAAGAAGAAGUUACAGGUCUGUGAGAGCCAGAAAUCUUGCUUGUUUGUAGGUGACCAAAUACUUAUUUUCCACCAUUAUUUGCAAAUAAAUAAAUAAAAAAUCCUACAAUGUGAUUUUCUGGAUUUCUUUCCCUCAUUUUGUCUGUUUUAGUUGAAGUGUACCUAUGAUGAAAAUUACAGGCCUCUCAUCUUUUUAAGUGGGAGAACUUGCACAAUUGGUGGCUGACUAAAUACUUUUUUGCCCCACUGUGUGUAUAUAUAUAUAUAUAUAUUAUGUGUAUAUAUGUAUAUGUAUAUAUGUACAGUAUAUACAUACAUAUAUGUACAGUAUAUACAUACAUAUAUGUAUAUACUGUAUAUAUGUACAGUAUAUACAUACAUAUAUGUACAGUAUAUACAUACAUAUAUGUAUAUACUGUAUAUGUGUGUGUGUAUGUUAUUUGGAAUGCACAUUACAUUACCUUGUGCCUGCUGUGUCUGAAUCCUCACAUGAUGGCGGCUGAAGACACUGAAUCAAAGAAAACAAGGGAGAAACCCAACUCCCUCAGCUCAUAUGAAAUACAGUGAAUAAAAAUAGUGUUUUUAAGUUUUGGGUGCAUUA